CCCAACUCCAAGACGUGAUAGUUUACCUAACCUGGAGAUAAGGUCAGAAACUCCGGGAAAUCAAUCUUCUAAUUCACAUUUAACUAAAUCUAAAAGUCUUUCAAGUGUUGAGGAAGAGCUAAGAUCAAGCUGUCCUGGUUCCCCUCCAACUCCUAGUAUCAGGACGGCUGUCGUAGGUAUAUCAAAUAGUCUGAUAAAUCUAACAUCAAUGCUAGGAGAUUCAACAAAUACACAUAUCAAAGAUACCGGAGAAACUGGGGAAAUUGAACAUAAUUUAGAAGGGAACCUUCUACAAGAUAUCCUUGAACCUAAACUUCAUUCCUCUGAGCUUUCAACUAAUCCAGAUGAUGGGACUGAAGAAUCUUCUACUCCGGGUGUAGAUCUAGCUGUACUUGAGGUUUCUCAGACUGUGAUCAAUUUCACUAAUUCUCUGGGACAAUCGAUGGAUACUAAACAGGUUAAAAACCAAGAGAAUGAGAAUCUAGCGGUCUCUAUUUACAGGGAAAUGAGAAAUGAACGCUUACAAUCUAUUCUUGAGGACUCGGAGAGUCAGCUUGAUGAAUCUGAACCUGAACUAGAAACAUCAAUGUUGAAACGUUCAAUAUUGGACAUGACAAACACAUAUCUCGAUGUUACAGCUUUCCUGCUGGACCAGGAACCCGGAGAUGAAUCUCUCGGAGGAACCCGUCCUCCAACUGUCAUUGAAAACCGAGGACCUGGAGAGCUGCAAGAGAUCCAAGAAGAACCCUGUCUGGAGGAAAAAGCAUCUUUAUUAGGUGAAGAUUCUAAUGAUACAGAGGUUGAUAUAAAAGAUGAAAUAAUGAAACUAACACUAGACGUACUACAGAUUACUAAACUAAUGGGUGAGGAUAUCCCAAUCCCAACUCUUCUCCCAACUGAUGUUUACAUGGAGGGAGGUAUUGAUGCAAUGUCCUGUAAGAGCCUUGAAACAAGUCCAACUAGGUUUAGUAGCACAGCGAUUAAAAGUAGGAAAACCAGUAUUCUCGUCGCAGAGGAGCUUAUUAAAUGUUUUAAACUUGACAGAGAAGAAAGUGAGGAUAUUGCUGAUAUAUUGAUUAGGGGAAAACUCUCCCCAAUCCCAUCUCCUGUUGAAUACUCCCCAGAGAGACGAGACUUCUCUUCUCCUGAUGAGAACUUACUGAAAAGAGAGAAGGAGAACCAGAAGAAGGUGAAGACUGAGAAGGAGGUUGAGGUUAAGAAGAUCCUGGAGAGAGCAAGGAGAGCAAGGACGGAACUGGAGAAGGAGCUGGCCAGACACUCCGAUAGCUCCCAGGAGAAUGAGAGCAGUAUUCCUGUUCGUCAUAAAACCGUCCGGUUGAAGUGUGAGUAUCUGAGUGACUCUGAGGAUAGCGGGGAUGAGUAUCAUAGAGAUGAAGCUGAGAACCUGGCAGAUUCAUUAAACAUUCAUCCUGUAAGACAACAAUCCUUCCCUGAUCCUCCUUACUCAUCUCCAGUCAAUAUUCCAGGACUGCUAGCUCAACCUUUUCAGUUUGACUCCCGGUAUUCAGAACAACUGGUUGAUCUGCUCCGGGAUCACUGUAGUGGAAGAAUAACAUUAUGUUGUGAAGGAAAAAAAUCCCUGCACCCGAGUACGGGACGGAAAAGUCCUGUUAGUCUGGAAUGUAUCUCUAGAAUACUAGAUUCAGAUCCUUCGUUGUUGGAUAAGCCGGAUGAUGAAGGAUACACUCCCCUCCACUUGGCAGUUAUAUCUGGGAACCUCAAGGUUGCUCGUCUACUCCUGGAUAGAGGAGCUGAUGUAAACAGUACAGAUCACGAGAGACAUUCAGUCAUACACUGGGCUGUUGUCUGCGGAGAACUAGAAAUCCUCAUUGAUCUUCAGCUUAGGGGAGCAAAUAUUAGUGUUUCUGAUUGUCAUGGAGCCUACCCUAUCCACUAUGCAGUACAGAUGUGCGCUGCUGAAUCCCAGAAACAACAAGAUUUUAUCAAAUGUCUCCAGGUUUUGAUCAAGCUUGGAGCAGACAUCAAUAUUUUGGAUAAGGAGGGUCGAAACCCAUUAUUGUGGGCAGGUUCAGCAGGAUCUACUCAAGCUAUAGAUAUAUUAUUGAGAGCUGGAGCUAAUGUUAACUCACAUGAUUUUGAAGGAUUGACAACAUUACACUGCUCAGCUUCUAGGGGGCAUGCUAUGAGUUUAAAAGCAAUCCUGAUGGAGAAAGAUAUUGAAAUAGAUGCCACGGAUACUAACGGAUGUUCAGCGUUGUUCUACGCAGUUACAUUAGGUCACGUAGAGUGCACAGAAGCAUUAAUUCAAAGUGGAGCUCUGAUAAACCGACAAGAUAUGAAAGGACGUACUCCAGCCCAUUGUGCUGCUGCCAAAGGGAUCCUAAAAAGCUUGAAAACUCUGAAGAAUUUCGGAGCAGAUUUAUGGAUUAAAAACAAGCGAGGAGAUUAUCCUUUGCAUGAAUCUGUCCAUUCUGGCGAAAAAGAAGUAAUCAGCUGGCUUUUAAAUCAGAAACCAGAAUCUGUAAAUUCGACCAAUAAUGAGGGUAGGACCCUACUCCAUCUAGCUGCCUUGUAUGAUAAAAUAGAAAUCUGUAAAGUGCUGAUGGAUCAAGGGGCCUUUGUGAAUCCUAUUAUGAGAAAUUCCAAGGGCCAGCUACUCACCCCCUUUGAUGCUGCGAUGCACAGGUCAAACAAGGGGUGUGCAAAGUAUUUACAGCUCCAUGGGGGUGUUCCGGCAAUAAAAAUUACUGAUAAAAAUGCCUUACAGAAAGCUCUAGUUCGCGCCUUCUCCGAGAGUCAAGGAGAACAGGUUCUACCUGUUGAGUACAAACAAGUGAAUGAGAACAAGGUUGAUCAGCACACUGAACCGAGCUCUGAUCAAGCUGAGACAACAGAGAAUUCUAACCAAACUGAAGAGAAUCCAACAGAAGAAAAAGUGGAUGAAUCAGGAUUGGAAACUAUUAAUAGUGAUAAUAAGAUGGAAAGUAAAGAAAUGCAAACAUCUCCAGAAAAGAUUGAAUCAGUGAAAAGUUUUCUAGAAUCCGAGGUUCAAACAUCCCCGGAGAAAAUUGAUUUAACAAAAACUUUUCUGGAAGCUGAGAUUCAAACGUCUCCAGAGAAGUUAAACAGUCCAGAACAAGAAAAAACGAAGAUUCCUGAUUCAGAUAUUUACAAAGUGGAGAUAGAUAAUGAUCAAAAUUCUGUUGAUAAUGAGAUAAUCUCGAACCUUGAUACAGUUACUACUAUUGAAGAAGUUUCAGAGAAUACAGAGAAACAAAGUAAUGAUCAUAUUGAGAAGAUAGAAGAGGAGAAUACUGCUGAAGAGAUAGCUCCAGAAAAUACUGGAAUUCCUCAAGAAAAUACCAAUGAUUUAGAAAACAUUAAAAAAGGAGAAGAAUGUGACAACAUCUCAAAAAUUGAUGAAACUGAUCAAAUCAUUGAAGAUGAUGAAAAGUAUAAUUUAAAAGAAUCCAUUGGCUCAGACCAAAGAGUCAAAGACAAAGAAACCAACGAAAUAAUAGAAUAUAAGAAGAGUGGUAAAAAUGAUAAAGAUAAAAUCAAAGAAACAAUUAAAUCUGAUGAGAGCGUUAAAGAUGUGGAAGAUAAAACCAAUGAAACUAUAGAAGCUGAUAAGAGUUUAAAAGUUGUUAAAAAUAAAACCAAAGAAAUUAAAAAAUCUGUUGAGAAUGUUGAAGCUGAUAAAGAUGAAACCAAAGUGUCCAACGAAACUGAUACCGAACCCACCUCCAAAGUUUCUUCAGCAAAUUCUUCAAAACGUUCGUUUGAAAAUGUUGUUAAACAAAGAUUUGAAAAAGAAUGGAGCGUUGAUGAAAUGAGAAGAAGUCCCAAGAAGAAGAGGUUUCCUCCACCUGAAGAUAUUCUAGAGGAGAACCUGAUCAAGUUUCAGCAGAGUGCGGAUAACAUUGCUCAGCAGAUUUGCGAGAAACUGAAGGAAGAACUGAAAAAUAUGGAACUCCGAUCAGAAACCAAAAUGUCCGCAGAACUAGAAGAACAACGAGUUCAAGUUAAAGAAAUUUUAAACAACAUUGAAAACCUGAACAAAUCCUUUAUUGCACGUAUUGAUGAAAAGAAAGAUGAACUGGAGAAAUUUAUGCAAAGAGCUGAUUCUGUUCUUUGUAAAGUAAAAUCUGGUUUAGAAGAUAUCCCUCAGUUAGCAGAUGAGAAGGCAAAGAGAACAAUUGAAACUGCAAGGAAAGCAAGAGAAGAGUUUUAUGAAUCUCAGGAUAAAACAACUACAGUUAGUCAGUUCACUUAUACGGAUGAAUAUGAUAGAAACGAGGACAAUGAUGAUACAGAGGCUGAUUCUGAGGAUAGCAAAGAGGACGAAUUGGGUGAAAGUGAGACUGUAAACAAGAACGAUUCAUCGGAAUCCACAGAAAAUCUUGAACCAGUUGCUGAUGAGAGGAUCUACAGAACUCCACGGCAUACGCAGACGGAACCAUAUCCACAGUUACCUGAUAUAGAGUGCCGGGAGACCCAGUAUACUCCACCAAACUUUAUAUCUCUCCACCAGCUGUAUGAUGAGAAUGUCAGGGUUAGACUUCUCCAGGUGGAUUCUAAGCAGGUUCAGGCUUUUGAGGAGAAAAGCAUAGAAGAGCCGUCUACUUGGUUUCCCGGAGUCGCAAGUUUUCCCCAUUCUGGUCCUAACAGGUCAGAUUCUACUACUCCUAGUCCUACCCGGAGAAUAGGAAACUCUGCAGGAAGCUCAAGGAGACUAAAGAGACAGGAGAAGAACUUGGAGACUAAUAAAGAGGCGAUCCGAAGAUCUUUGGACAUUUCGAGUGAUGAUUCUCCUCCUUUAUCACGACGGUCAACUCUUCCUGUCCAAUACAUCAAUAAUUCUUCAAUUUCCAGAAGAACGGAGGAAGAAGGGGAGAGGAGUUGUGCUCCUAUUCCUAUGUUUGUCUCCAGGAGAGGCCUUGAUAGAAACUCAAACCUUGAGAGUGAUUUAGAGAAUAGUUUACAUUUACCUACUCAUAGAUCUUGUGAUCCUAAAGACUCUGGGUACAGUGAUGUUGUGAGACAAAGUGGAGACGAAAGUUCAUGUACAGGUCCUAAACCUCAGAAGGUUGAUGUUUCUAAAUCCGGAGUUCUAGCAGAAGAUCUUGAAAUCACAAGUUUAGGGGGAUUGACCCCUAGACCUGAACCAGUAUCCAGCUACUGGCAGGCUGGUCACUCCACUAAACCUUCUACUAGGAAGAAGGAGAAGAUUGAUCUCAGCCUCAAAUCCAAGGAUAUCCAACAAGUCAGUACCUUUGCUCCGAGUCACGUGAAACGGUUCCAGCUUGAGAGAAGAAUAUUCCAGGAGCUUCUUAAUAUUAAACGAAUGCAAAUACGAGCACCUAGGCAAACCAUGUUAAACAAUUCCCGAAAUAUUGAAGAAAAAAAUGAUAAACAUGGAUUUAAUAACAUGGUUGUUUUUAACAGUUCUAAUGAGAGAAUAAUAGUUAAAGAACUAACCGAGAAAUAUGAUGCAACGAUUAAUAAAUUCUUUGAUAGAUCUAAAUACAAGGGAGGAUUCUCAUACAAGGAGUUCGAGUCUUACCUAUACAAGGAGCUAGAGAGGGUUCAGGAGAAAAGGGAGGGAAGAUCUCAUAACUCAAGUACAAACAUGGAAUCUCAGAACUUCAACCGGAGUUCACAGUCCUUGUAUCAGUUCCAGUCGGCGCAGUCCAAGUACAUGUCAGGAUAUAAAAUAGCUGCCGUAAACCGGUUUGGAGAAGGAAACAAGAUGGCGGGGAUUUUUCAGGAGAGAGGAAUAGGGUGCCAUCAACAAACGUCACAUGUCAAAGAUGAUCAGAGUAGUAGUGAUCCAAGUAUGUGCACAAACUCAUCUCAUCGCUGCCACCACGCAGCUCAUGCUUACACAGGGAUACCUUGCUCUAAACACAGGAGAGGACGGAUGAGCAGGAAUCGAAUUAUAAACUCGGAGACGAGGAAAACUUUGCUUCGAGAAAUAUCUCCCUCUCUCCCUCUCACUCUAAGAAUAAAAAAUGGAGACAAGAUGCAAAAUAUAAAGGUUCCAACUGAUCAACUGGAGAAGAACAAGAAGUAUAUGAUCUCGUUUAGCUUUAAGCCAUCUCCUGAACAAAUACAGACUUUUUAAUCUCCAGAUGAAAUACAGACUUUUUAAUCUCCUGAUGAAAUACAGACUUUUUAAUCUCCUGAACAAAUUCAGACUUUUUUAUCUUCUGAUCAAAUACAGACUUUUUAAUCUCCUGAUGAAGUACAGACUUUUUAAUCUCCUGAACAAAUACAGAAUUUUUAAUCUUCUGAUGAAUUACGGACUUUUUAAUCCGCUAAUAAAAUACGGACCUUUUGAUCUCCUAAACAAAUACAGACUUUUUAAUCUUCUGAUGAAUUACGGACUUUUUAAUCCGCUAAUCAAAUACGGACCUUUUGAUCUCCUAAAUAAAUGAAAACCUUUAAUCUCCUGAUGAAGUAUAGACCUUCUAUUCGUCUGAUCAAAUAUAGACCUUCUAAUCUCCUGAUCAAAUAUAGACCUUCUAAUCUCCUGAUCAAAUUUAGACCUCCUAAUCUCCUGAUCAAAUAUAGACCUUCUAAUCUCCUGAUCAAAUUUGGACCUCCUAAUCUCCUGAUCAAAUAUAGACCUUCUAACCUCCUGAUCAAAUAUAGACCUCCUAGUUAUACAGACCUUAUAAUCUUGUGACCAAAUAUAGACCUUUUAAUAUCCUGAUCAAAUACAGACCUUAAAAUAUCCUAAUCAAAUGUAGACCUUAUAAUCCCUUGAUCAAAUACAUACCUUUUAAUCUCCUGAUCAAAUACAAGUCUUCUUCAUCUCCUGAUCAAAUACAGGCCUCCUAAUCUCCUAAUCAAUACAGAGUUUUAAAUCUCCCGAUAAAAUAUAUCUUCUGAGCUGGGAAAUUUUGAAUGGUGGAUAUCGGGAUUAAUGCUUGAUCCACUCUUUUUCUUAAUCUCAAGAUUAAAUAAUGCUUGUUCUU